UCCACUAUGUCUAAUUCUUUAUUGAGGAGCUAAAGUGAGGAGUUUGUUAUCUGGUAGUUUGUUCUUCUGGACCUGUUCCUCUCAGGCUCUGUGUUCAUUGAUAACUUUACCUGAUAAAGGAAAGAAUGAUUGGUUGUUACGGAAAAAAAAGGAAAUCUCUGCUGCUCGGCCCUGAGUUCAGGAAAACAUCCGUUAAAAUCCCGUCUGCCUGCUGAGGUUGAUCAGUUCCAACAGUUCUGGAGGAGACAGAGGAGCUGUCCUACCCACAAUCCUCUCUGCUGGUUUUAUCCGUUAAAAUCUGAUUUUACAGUCAGGUUACCAAAGCAGCAUGUAACGCUCUGCUGUAAAAAUCCUCCUAACAUCAGAACAAUCACCAAACCUCCAGAGUCUGUAGAGAAAGUUUGCUGUUUGCCAGCUGAGGUCAUCAUCAAGGUCAACUCCCAGCUGUUUAAAGUAGUGUGUGAUGUCUUUACUUCGUCCUUAUGUUGUUAAAAACAUGAUCAGAUUUAUUACAGCAUCACAGUGAGACAAAGACUAGAGAGAAGAUUUUAAUGAAGGAUGAUCUUCCAAAGGCAAUUAUUACUCUGCUUACCUGACAACUAAACACCAGAGCAGGAGGCCAGACUCCGUUCUGGAGGAGCUUUCUGCAGCUGAUGCUGCCACCUGGUGAUAGUAGCGACGCAUUUCAGUCAGAUAAUAACAAGCAGGAUUUACAGAUGUUUUCAUUUCAGCCUGAAGGAAAUCAGAUCCUAGAAUGAUUGACAGUCAAUACCAAUUCUUAAAAGGAAUAUUGUUCCUCAUGAAGUAAAAUGUGUUAAAUUAAUGUUCUUAUAAAUGAUUUUUUUAUAGUCAGUUUACGUACUGAUAUAUUAUGGCUUCCAUACUUGCAUAAAUAUUUUUUUCUCGGAGUGUGUAUUAAUGCGGUAUUUUUAAUUUCCAUUCAAACUAAGUGCAAAUUAAGCUAUUUAUGAAAUAAAGUCUGAAACAUAAUGAAUCGUUCACGUUUUCCAGAUAAAAGAUGGCGCAGAAGCAGGAAGUGGAUUUCAAAGUUCAGAAGAUGGAAGAUCCUGAUCUAAAGAAGAACAGAGCAGAAUCUCCAGGAUCCAUCAGUCCGUCCAUGAGGAGUGAUGUCUCCAAACGAAAACCUCCGGAGUUCAGUACUGAACCUCGACCAUCAGAACCAAAAGGGCAGAACCACAGAUGGAGAGCAGAACCUCCAGGAUCCAGCUGUCCAUCCAUGAGGAGUGAUGACUCCAAACGAAAACCUCCCGAGUUCAGUACUGAACCUGGACCAUCAGAACCAGAGAGCAGCUUUGGUGAGGAGGAACAUCCAUCCUGCUGUGCUUUGGGUCAGAAUGUUCUGAUGGAUCCGGUCUGUACCAGCUGCCCCCAGUGUGGGAAACGACCCAGAACAGGAUCUAGACUGAUGACAGCCAAUCAGAGCAGCUGUGCUCCAGAUAUUGUUGGUCAGUAUCAGCCUGACCAUAAAGCGUCUCUGAAGAAGAAGUUCCAGAGUCUCUCUGAAGGCGUCGCUGAACCUGGAAAUCAAACCGUUCUGAACCAGAUCUACACAGAGCUCCACAUCACAGAGGGGUUAACUAGAGAGGUCAACCAGGAACAUGAGGUCAGACACAUUGAAACAGCAUCCAGGAAACUAGAAACAAUCAGAAGAGAAGACAUCUUUAAAGUCCCACCUGGAAGAGAUCAACCAAUCAGAACAGUGAUGACCAUGGGAGUGGCUGGCAUUGGGAAAACCCUGUUAACACAGAAGUUCACUCUGGACUGGGCUGAAGGCAAAACCAACCAGAACAUUGAUUUCAUAUUUCCAUUCACUUUCAGAGAGCUGAAUAUGCUGAAAGAAGAAAAGUUCAGCUUAUUAGGACUGAUUCAUAAAUUAUUUUCUAAAACCAAAGAAAUCAGCAGCUUUGAAACGUUCCAGGUUCUGUUCAUCUUUGAUGGUCUGGAUGAAAGUCGAUUUACUCUGGAUUUCAGCAACAAUCCGAUCCUGACUGAUGUUACAGAGUCCAGCUCAGUGGAUGUUCUGGUGACAAACCUCAUCAGGAGGAAACUGCUUCCCUCUGCUCUCCUCUGGAUAACCACACGACCUGCAGCAGCCAAUCAGAUCCCUGCUGAGUGUGUUGGCAUGGCAACAGAGGUCAGAGGGUUCACUGACCCCCAGAAGGAGGAGUACUUCAGGAAGAGAUUCAGAGAUGAUGAAGAGAAGGCCAGCAGGAUCAUCUCCCACAUCCAGAAAUCAAAAAGUCUCCACAUCAUGUGUCACAUCCCAGUUUUCUGCUGGAUCACUGCUAAAGUUCUGGAGGAUGUGAUGAAGACCAGAGAGGGAGAAAAACUGCCAAAGACUCUGACUGAGAUGUACAUAGCAUUCCUGGAGGUUAACUUCGCAAUCAAGAAGGAAAAGUAUGAUGGAGGAAAAAAGACAAGAUCAAUCUGGAGUCCAGAGAACAAGAAGCUGAUUGAGUCUCUAGGAAAACUGGCUUUUGAGCAGCUGCUGGAGGGAAACCUGAUCUUCUAUGACGAAGAGCUCAAAAAGUGCGGCAUCAACAUCAAAGAUGCUGCGUUGUUCUCAGGAGUGUUCACUGAAAUGUUUAAAAGAGAGAGAGGGACGUGCGACAUCUCUGUCUACUCCUUUGUUCAUCUGAGCAUCCAGGAGUUUCUGGCUGCAGUCUACAUGCUCCACUGUUUCACCAGCAGGAAGUCAGAGGUGAUCAAGACGUUUCUGGGAGAAAAAUAUAGAGAAACAUCUCUAGAUGAGUUUAUGGAGAAAGUCAUGGAGAAAUCCCUCAGCAGUGAAAAUGGCCACCUGGACCUGUUUGUCCGCUUCCUUCAUGGUCUCACUGUGGAGUCCAACCAGAGACUCUUAGAAGAUCUGCUGGGUCAGACAGAGAACAGUCCAGAAACCAUCCAGAGAAUCAUCACCAACCUGAAGGAAAUGAACACUAAAAUGAACACUAAAAUAAUCUCUCCUUUCCAAGAUAUAAUGAACACUGAUAGAAUCUCCACUGACAGAAGCAUCAACAUCUUCUACUGUCUGGUGGAGAUGAACGACGUCUCAUUUUAUCAGGAGAUCCAACGGCUGCUGGAUUCAGGGGAGCAGCUCUCAGUGACUGACUGUUCAGCUCUGGCCUUCAUGCUGCAGAUGUCAGAGGUUCUGGAUGAGUUGGACCUGGAGAAGUACAAAACAUCAUCAGAUGGACGACGGAGACUGCUUCCAGCUGUGAGGAACUGCAGAAAGGCUCGACUUGGUGGCUGUUCGCUCCUAAAGGCUGAAUGUGAAGUUUUGGCCUCGGCUCUGAAGUCCAACCCAGAUCUGACUGAACUGGAAAUAAAUCAGAUCAACAUAAAUGAAGGUGGAGACUCUGAUCUGAAGCCUCUGGUUGAGAUCCUGGAGAGUUCAGUCAGUAAAGUGAAGAAUCUGAGGUUGUGGAAAUGCAGUUUGUCAGAGACCAGCUGGACUUCUCUGUUCUCAGCUCUGAAGUCCAACCCGACCCAUCUGACAGAACUGGACCUGAGCUGGACCAACCUGGAAGGUUCUGGAGUGAAGGAGCUCUGUGGUUUUCUACAAACUGAAGGCUGCAGACUGGAGACAUUGAUAUUGAAUUACUGCAGGUUGUCAAAGAUCAGCUGUGAUUAUUUGGCCUCAACUCUGAAGUCCAACCCGACCCGUCUGACAGAACUGGACCUGAGAUUGAACAACCUGGAGGAUUCAGAUGUUCAGCAGCUGAAGAAUCGUGUAAAGACUUUAAUGUGCGAUGAUAAUGGUGAUUUUGAGGAUUCUGGUGAUUUUGAGGAUUCUGGUGAUUUUGAGGAUUCUGGUGAUUAUGAAGAUUCUGAUGGUUCUGAUUAUUCUGAUUUUUUUGACCGGUGCGACUGAUGAUCUCUGUGAAGUAGAAAAUGGUCUCAGUGUCCUGCUGAUCCUCAGAGGUUGAAGUUGCAGCAGUUUGAGUGUAAAGAGACUCUGACUGGAUCAUGAUGAUGACCUCUGACCUCCAAGAUUUUCCUCCUGUUUAUUUUCUCAUGUCUGUCAUUUAGUGUCUGAUAUUGUUUG